AAACAAAUGAUAAAAAAGAAAAUUAAAGGAAGAAAAAGAUAGGAAAAAAAAAGGAACAAAAGGUUGUCUAAAACAAGAAUUUGAGAACCCCGACACAACUUGUUUGCAUCUAAAUGUCUAAGUGGACUUGCCUAGGCAUUGAAAAGAUCUAAGAGUAAAAUAUAAAUCCACUUUAACCAAAGCAAGUGAACUUCAUGACACCACUAACUUGUGUUAUAAUACUGUUUUCACAAGACAAACUAAUUUUAAUGUGUAGUGCGAACGACAGGCUUUAUUGAAAUAUUUCUUAUUCUUUAAAGGUAAACAGUCUUAAGAUGAGCUUCCACCAUUUUAUUCCAUUAGUCGUCUGUGUCCUUUUAUUAUUCUUUCAAGACGGCCUAAGUGUGGAGCACAAGGUUUCCGAGUCCUGUCGGGUGUCCAUCGCUGACUGUUACCUGAGAGUGUCCAGACUCAACCAACAAGAAACAGCAGAUCUAUGCAAGAUGAUGACCACCAAGUAUAGAUCAGUCACUGCGUACCACUGCUUAGUCCGGGUAGGUCUGUGUACAGAGGGAGAGUAUGACAUUCUGAAGACCUUAGCAUGCCAGGACAGUCCCAACUUUCAGCCGGCCUCAGCCCUCGCCAAGUUGAAGCUAUACCGGACUAUCAAUCUGGCAAACAAGACGUGCCAGAGCCAAAUGCUAGUCUGCAUCCGGAAGUAUAUCACCGCUAUUGUUUUAAAGCAACAGGAACAUUACUGUGCCCUGGUAGACCUUGACAUCAACGGAGUCACGUCCAAGUCCUGCCUCGCGGAAAACAGAUCCUGCUCCGACUAUGACUACCAAACCAUCAAGGAGGCCGCCUGUGACACGGCCCUCAUAGAGAAAGAUUUCACUCCCUUUGUCAAUGCCAUUCAAGCCAUUACGACUCAGUGCAGACACUCGAUUGAAACCUGCUACAGCCGGAGUCAGAACGUUCGUCUGCUGAUCAACAGUGAGCAGUAUUGCCAGGUGAUGCAUGUAGAAGAAAGCGGCUCCUCCACUUACCAUUGCCUGGUUGUCCAGGGCUCAUGCUCCAAAGAAGAGUUUGAAAAACUAGAGCAAUCAGCUUGUAAAGGCAUCAGCAUCAAUUCUAACAUUCCGGCGGUGGCUCUUGGUUUAGCCAUUGUUCUUUUAAGUCUUGAUAGACAACCUUGAUGUAAUUCUGGUCAUCACCAACACGAAUGCUAAAAACAUUUUACACUUAUGUAUCUAAUGUUACAUUAUAUUAUAAAAACACGUAUUAGGAUGUAAAUAAACAUAGGAUAGGACCAGUGAAGUAGCUACGGAUUUAGGGGCCUGGGUGGGGGGGGGGAGGCUUGUCCUAUUAAUAAUAUUUGAUAUUCGACAUCAUGACAUGAGAUAAUGGCAUAAUAUUGAAUGCCAAAACACAUUUCGGUCAUUUGGGAGACUCGGGGGGGGGGGGGAGGAAUUUUCACAUUUGGACCCCCCCUCCCUUCACCCUAGCUACGCCAGAGGAUCUGACCAAAGAAGGAAGGUCUACAAAAUACGUUAAAUUCUGGUCUUUAGGAGGAAAUUCACAUAAGACUAAAUAAAUGUAACGAGAACUGAAUUUGAAGAGCUGCGACUAGCUAUUUAGAGUCUGGAAAUCAAAUAUUCUUCACGAAACUAAGAUUGAAAAUUGUGUGAGACUUAGUAACUUUUCUACAUAACAUAAUAGUAUGUUUUGUUUCUUUGUUGCUAUACCUGUUUCAUAUUAGUUCGAAUGAGAGAAAGAGAGAGAGAGAGAGAGAAAGAGAUGCAAAUGAAGAUUGGGACAGAAUUAAAUCACUAUGAUAACUUGGUAUGUAUUAUAUACUAAUCGAAAGAGAAUGUUUCUCAAACUUAAUGAUUCCAAUUUUAUUUGGGCCGCACAGGAGGUAGUUUUUAAAUUUCUCUGAUAUAAAGUCUUUUCUACUUGGAUUUUAGUUAUAACUCUACUUAUCUAUCUUUUUAUCUUCUAAAAGUCGUCAGCAACACGGUCAAUUCUUUCAAAGAAAAAAAAAUUCAUUUGAAUACGGCUUCACCAGUGCCAUUCGAGUGUCUUUAUUUCUUCAGAAAUGUCACAUGGUACUGAUCGACGUGUCACUGUCCAGAUGACGUCUACAGGACUACACACUGAGCAGUAGUAUGAUCUUCAGACGACAUUAAAAGCGUAGGCCUACAAGUGUUUGUGCUUCCAAUAUGUCUCAGUCUUCACUCCAAAAUUUAACUGCGUUGUUGACUCCAGGAUAAUGAAUUUUUCAAGCUGAACACGUCACGACGGGGCCCCGCCAAAGACCCAACUGGAGGUGCUAGUAGCGCUCCACAGACUAUCUAGCAGGCUAAGAGGGUGGGGGCCUGGGGGGGGGGCAAAUAUAACUUUUCAGGUUCACUGUGGGGGAAUGACUAGUACAAGUUUUAAAAACUUUAGGGAUAGAGAAGAAAUCAAAACUAUAACUAAAAGAAUGAUUUAUAAUUUUUGUAACUAGUAUAUACAAUUUUUUUUUCAGAGUAAUGAAAUAAAAAUAUACAUGAGUUA